AAAAAGGAAGUGCAACUUUGAAUCUCUUAUCAGUUACUAUUAUUCCGUAUUCGUUCUCACUCGGAUUGGAUCAUUGGACUUCUGCUACAUUUUUCCUCCACCAUAUACGUUUACUUUUCUGUUAAACAAGAAGAAUAAACAGAAACAACUCUUGGAAAAAGUUCAUUCCAUCAAUUUAUCACCCAUGAUUUAAUGGGGGAGAACUCGUCGAUCCCAUUCGAACAGUUCAAGCUCUCGGCCGAUUCCGAAAUCCCAUUUGAUCUAUUCGUAUCCAAGAAAUACAAGGGCCUCGGGGUUCGAGGAUUUGUUAGAUUCGCUGAUUCAACCGGAAAUUCGGUGUACACAGUGCAGAAAUCGUCGUACAAAUCAGCUGCUCGCGAUCAAGAUUGCGUGAAGCAGCUCCUCGAUUCUUCUGGAAAUAUCCUUUUCUCAAUUGCCCGAGUUGACAAAGGAUCAUGGCGCGGAUAUAAGGGAAAUGGUGAAGACAAGGAAGUGAUCUUCACAGUAGAGAAGCGUGUGGAUGUGUCCAGAAGAGCUGAGUUUGGAGUGUUACUUGUUAACAACAGCAAUGAAGAUUCAAAGACUGAGUUACUGAUGAAAGGCAACCCUUUCAAGAGAUCCUGCACCAUCUACAAAGGCGACUCCAUUGUAGCUCAGACUAGCCUCAUGUACAAGCUUGGAAUGGGGAAAGUUUUCGUCCCCAGAAACCGGUUUCGUGUAACAAUUUUUCCGGGAUUUGCUGACCGUAGUUUAGUUGCUUGUCUCAUUGCUGUAUACUUCGAUGGAAGAAAGCUUUGGAUAUGAGGUGAUAUUGUAGCUUAUACUUCUCUUGGCUUCCUAUUGAAUUUAAUAAAAUGUUCGUUUUUAACAGAA